AUGGCCUCUCAACAGCCCGAGCAGUCCGAGCAGCCCGGACAACCGCCGGCGGCCGCGGUAUUGACACCACCGACUGUCCCUGUUGAGCAGGAAGAAACGACGACCGAGACCACCGCCACAACAACUACAGCCCCAGCUCCAGCUCCAGAUACCGAGACGGCUGCGGGCUCGCCGGCUCCCGCCGCCCCCGUCAGCGAGGAGGCGACGGCUACUGAUGCCGAGACGGCCGGAAUCCUCCCCGCUGAGCACUGGGUACAAGCGGCACGAGACGCCGGUGAUGAAGGCGACGCCGACUCCGCCCUGGGUGACGACACGGCGAGCUCCACGGCGUCGCUCACCUCGACCAUCCUCCAGUACCGCAAGAUCCACGGGAGGACGUUCCACGGCGAGGUGGGCGACGCACAGUACUGGGGGAGCAACGACGAGCCGCAGAACGAGGCCUGGGACAUCAACGACUUCGCGGAUGAAUACCCCGAAUGUGAGGUUAUCGGAACCGACAUCUCACCCAUUCAGCCUAGCUGGGUCCCGCCCAACUUGAAAUUCGAGAUCGACGACUGCACGCGCGAUUGGACCUUUGAGCCCGAGACCUUCGACUACGUCCACAUCCGCUUCCUCGUCGGCAGCAUCCCCGACUGGCCGGCGCUCUUCAAGCAGGCGUACCGCGCCCUCAAGCCCGGCGGCUACCUCGAGAGCUUCGAGGUCUCGCCGGCCAUCCUCAGCGACGACGACACCGUGCCCGAGACGAGCGCUCUCGGCCAGUGGGGCAAGUUCUUCGAGGAGGGCGGCCGCAAGAUGGGUCGCACCUUCAUGGUCCUCGACGAGCACCUGCAGCAGAGGUCGAUGGAGGAGGCCGGUUUCGAGCACAUCACCGAGUGGAACAACAAGGCACCCAUCGGCAGCUGGCCCAAGGACCCGGCCAUGAGAGAGAUUGGUGAGUGGGCGCAGCUGACCCUCCUCUCGGAUAUCGAGGGCUACGUCCUCUUCAUGGCCAACGUCAUGUCCACGUGGUCCCGGGAGGAGAUCCAGAUCUACGCGGCGCAGCUCCGCCGCGAGAUCCGCUCCGGCAAGCUCCACGGCUACUACCGCCAGAGAGCGGUCUGGGGACAGAAGCCUCCUGGGGCUGGUGCGUAA